AUGGCAGGAAAGAAACCACAACGUAUGGAAGAACAACAAGGGUUUAGACCGUGCUGUAGCCAGAUAUUUCAAUGCCUGAUUCAUGCUGUGCCGCAGAUUGUACAAAUAUGCGAGGAAAAGAAAAAAAACUUUGUUUUUACUGGAUUCCCUUUGGAAGUACUCCUGAAAGUGCUAAAUCAAACGCUUUACGUCAUCCUGACUAUGUACCAAGCUUAUUUAAGUACAAUACUCCUUCUGUAUCUGACUGUGAACCAGGACCUUCAUGAAAAAGGAAGUAUUGAUAGGUACCAACGUGCUCAAAAGUUUAAGGCAAUAAAACUACAGCAUAGUGAAUCGUUGGACAUGCAAGAGGAGGAAGAUUAUGGAGCUACAAAGUCAUUUGUGGAUAAAGGAACUCAAACAACAACAGAAAAUAACAUCAAAGCACUGGAAGAGGAAAUUUGCAGACUCAAAAAUAAAAACACAGAACUUUUGAUAAAAGUUAAUGAAAAAAUAAUUAGCACAGGACCCUCACAACAAUGUCCUAUGAAAAUCUUAAAUGCAGCGAUAAAAUAUAAAGUUGAGAAAGUUUGUGAUAUCUCUAUGAAAGAUCAUCUCUUGAUAAUAUUGGUUGAGUUAAGGCUUGGAUUACUUAACAAGGACCUAGCACACAGAUUUGGCAUUUCUUUUCAAAAAGUUUCCAAGAUUUAUAGAUCAUGGUUGCCAAUCAUUGCUGAAAAUUUCCUGAACUGUGCUGUCAUAAUUGAUUGCACAGAAAUUUUUAUUGAAAGACCAUUUGGUUUAAAUACACGUGCUCAAACAUGGUCGAACUAUAAACAUACAAACACAAUAAAAUACCUUAUUGGUAUAACACCGUCAGGUUCUGUCAUUUUUUUGUCACGUGGUUGGGGUGGACGUGUGUCCGACAAAGAUAUAACAAAUAAAAGUGGAUUUUUAAAUAAAGUUAUGCAUGGGGAUUGUGUUAUGGCUGAUCGUGGUUUCACUAUAGAAGAAGAACUUUGUAUAUCACUUUGUAUAUUGGCAACUUCGGUUAAAUUGUCGGACAUUUUUUGA